AAAAAAGGUUAUACAUAAACAGAUAUUUUACAGUCAUUUGUAGACAUUUAAAUAGAUAUACACAUAUUAUUUAAAUUUAAACAUGGUUGCAAAGAAAAUGAGAGCACUUUAUGACUGCUCUGCAGAUGAGAGCGGUGAAUUGUCUUUUAAAGAAGGUGACAUUCUUGUAGAUGUUGAAGAAUCUGGGGAGGAAGGCUGGUAUAAGGGAAGAAUACAAAACACUUUAGAAAUUGGCUUAUUCCCAUACAACUACGUUGAAGCAUUACUCGAUGAAGAUGAUGGAAAUAGUACAAACGUGUAUAAAAAGAAACAGCAGGAGAACUCAAAAGAUGUAGAGAACAAUACAGAAAGCACAUUACUUUUAUCAAAAUUUCCUGCAUUAGAUGCUUUUGAGGCAGUAAUGUCAAAUGGAAAAAUGGAUUCAACUAAAUUACCCUCUGCAUGGAAGCCAUUAACACCUACCUCAGAUAAUAUUAAACAAAGUUCGCCUGCUAUAAAACCCAAGACAAUAUCAUCCAUAAACAAAAAUGAUACUAUUGGUUCAAGUGUUAAAAUAAAUGAUAAUCCUUCAACUUUAGAAAAAUCAAAAUUAAAGCCUGUGGGGAUAAAUGACCAGGGAAAUUCAUCUAUUCGGUUAAAGACCUAUUCAACUUUGUCCACAGUUGAUAACUCAGAGAAUCCUUUGAAGCCUUCUCAAUUAUUAAAUGGAAGUAAUAAUAGCUCAAAAGAUGCAUUAGAGAUUGCACUUUGUAAAAGCACAUCAAAACCACUUUCUAAUACUCGUAUAAAUUCGUUUAAAAAACAAGUUAACAAUGACAAUGGGGUAGCCUUAGCGGGAAUGAAUAGCAUGAAGUUUAAUAACAGGGGAAAAGAUGACUUUCAAAUAUUAAAACCUUCACAAAUUCGUCAAAAACAACAAUCAUCCUCUUCCCCUAAACCAUUUGCAUCAAAGUCGUUAACAUUAUCUAGUUCACCUAUAUUCAUUUCUAAACCUUCUAUUACGAAAAAGCCUUUCUUGACAAAUGAAAAUAAUAAUCCCAAGUCAUCUACUGCAGGCUCAAAGCUAGAUGCACUUGGCGUUUCUAAUAAUCCUAUGCCACCUUUACCCUCACGCCCUGUAUCUCUUGCUACUCGAAGAUCACGUACUAGUAAAAGUUCAUCUAGUUCUAUUCAUGACAAAAACCCAAAGGAUGAUUCUGUAAGGAACGCUGCCGAUGUAUCACCUAUUAAAAAAUUAACAGAAAAGACGCCACCUAAAAUCCAAAAACCAAAACCUCAAAUUACAUCACCCUCACCAUCACUGCCUAAACUUCCUCAAAGGUUAAAAAGUCGUAGUGCAUCAAACCCUCCGCCUAUUCGACCUAAACCUUCAGAUAUGUCAUCCAUAGAUGUCCUACUAAAUAGAAAUAAUGCCAAGAAUCAAAAUUCAGCUAUCUUAAAAUCAGCUGCACCCCCGCCUAUUACAGCCAAAAAGCCAUCAUUUCAAAAUACCAAAUCUAAUAGCGAUAUCAAUAUUACUCACUUAAAGCCUAAAUCAAUUCCUAAAUUACCUACUCGAAUCAAUAAUAUAAAUCCAUCUGCUCUAAUGAAUAGAGGUAGAUCAGCAACAAGUCCAAUAUCAAAAAGUAACAUUCCUACAGAUUGGACAGCCCCGCAAUCUAAUACUUGUUUGAAUUCAGUUGCUCUCAAUAAAGAGAAUGACACUAAAUCAACUACACACUCUGUUCUAGCUUCAGAGAAUCCUCCUAGUGUUACUGCAACUAUAGGUACUAUUACCACUGAUAAAAGCAAAAAGAAAUCGAUACCACCACCACCACCACCACCUUCUAGACCCCCAAAAAGUAGCUUAAAUAAUAAUGCAUCAAAGCAUCGUUAUGAUAUUUUAUUUGAUGAUAUUCAAGAUAACGGUUAUGUAGAUGGAGAAACUAUACAUUUUAUUUGGUCAAAAAGCAAACUUUCAAAUGAAAAUUUAGCCCGUAUUUGGCGUGAGUGUGGACCAGAUCCAAAAGGAUUAUUGGAUAGACAAUCAUUCUUUGAUGGCAUGACCAAAAUAGAUGAAUUAUUAUCAUCAAAACAAUAAAUUAUUACCCUUGAGAAAUGAUACUAUUUUUUCUAGUUUUAACUUGUAUAAAUAAUUUUAUGGGUCUAUUAAAUGCUUGACUGAUUUGUUUUCUUGCUUUUUCAAUCACGGUGUCGAUAAUACGACCAUUUUGACCAAUCACAAUCUUUUGUUGACUAUCUCUUUCUACAUAUACAUGUUGA